UCCCAAAUCACAUUUUCAGCGGUCCAGUUCCAGUGCCUUCUCUCUGUCGUCCGUCUUCCGAGCACAAGAAACCCUAGGGAGCGAUCUAUAGUUGUUCUUCAGAAAUGGCGGCUAGAAUUGCACUUCUCAAGCACUUGAGAAUUUCUGUGCAACCCGAUCGAAAAAGCAUUCGGCCCUUGACCGUCUUUGGGGAAUUUUUUCGGCGCCAUUUAUCGGAGGAAGCGAGAGGAACGUUUCUUGACAAGUCGGAGGUUACCGAUCGCGUCAUCUCCGUCGUAAAGAAUUUUCAGAAGGUUGAUCCUUCCAAGGUUACUCAGAGUGCUCACUUCCAGAAUGACCUUGGACUAGACAGUCUAGACACAGUAGAGGUUGUAAUGGCAUUUGAAGAAGAAUUUGGCUUUGAGAUUCCUGACAAUGAAGCAGACAAGAUCAGCUCUAUUAAUCUUGCUGUUGAAUUCAUUGCAUCCCAUCCGCAGGCAAAGUAAAAAAAUCGUUUCCUCCUGCACAUUAGUAAACGAGCUGCAUCUGAAUUCUUUUGUUUCCAACACGGGUUACUGCAUUUACGCACUUCCUGCAGAUUCUUGAGUAAUUCUUGAUGAUAGAGGAAUAUGGACCAUGAAUAAUGAGUUGGGUAUUAUUUUCAGUCAUCUUUGGUUGCAGAAAACGCAGUUCAAUGUGCCGUUUAUUUUAUUUUUUUCUAAAAUAAUUGCCCCUUUCAAUAUUUUUAAUAACAAUUAUUAUUGGCCUCUUUUCUUUUG